AAUUGAGUAAUCAUUAUAUGCAGACAGACAACCCGGUGUAUAUUAUGUAACCAUUGUUUUCUCUACAGUAUUAUACAAUCUUUUCAAGGCAUAUCACACCCAAUGUGUCAGUGUUUAUUAAGUGGUGUUUGUCAACAGUGGAUAAAGUCUAAACUAAAACAGUGCCAUUGAUAGAUGACUAUUUUGAUCAUGUCGAAUACAUUUUGCACCAUAUCCACAGUCAACUUAGAAAUCCGGUAGUAGACACCACUCAAACAAAAGUCAGCCAUGCAUUCCUCAGGAUACCAACCUAAACUCAUCGGAUACUUCUGGAUACUCCUGAUCGGAUACUCGGAUACAAUGCACUUACCCGACCCAGGCAUCUGUUCCAGUAUUGACGCAAGGAACGACGUCACCAACUUGACCAGCUUACAAGACUGUACAGUUGUAGAAGGAAGUGUGCAAAUAGUGCUGAUGGAAAAGAUGAGAGAAGAAGACUUUGAGAACUACAGUUUCCCCAAACUCAGAGAGAUUACACACUAUCUGUUGUUGUUUCGGGUCGGAGGACUUCGCAGUUUGGGAAAGCUUUUCCCCAACCUAGAGAAGAUCGGUGGCGUGGAACAGAUUGAAUUUUUCUCCCUGAUUGUCUACGAGAUGUUUAGUCUUCAGGAGAUAGGGUUGUUGAAUCUCCGAGAGAUCACCAUGGGAUCUGUUAUGAUAAACAAGAAUCAAAAACUGUGUUUCGUGAACACUGUCCAGUGGGAUAAAAUCACAAAAUGGAACAGCGAUCUAAACAAACUGCAGAACCAAGCGUUUUGUUCGACAUGUCCCGUGAAUUGUCCCAGAUGUCCCGACCGUUGCCCUUUCGCCUGCUGGAACUCUACAGUGUGCCAGGGUAAAUGGAAGUCUCCAAACUGUAGUCCUAUGUGUCUGGGCGACUGUGACCCAAAUGAUCCUCAAAAGUGCUACACAUGUAAAGGCGUCUUCGAUCUGGACCAAAAAUGCGCCAGUACCUGCCCGGAAAACACGUACCAAUACUUCAACCGGAGAUGUGUCACUAGAAAAGAUUGCACUGCGACACGAGUCCCUACCCAGUCAAAUGAAGUGAACAUUUCAACAAGGUAUUACGUGAUCCACGAAAACCAAUGUGUAAGCAGUUGUCCCGGAGGUGUGGAUCCAACUGUGAUGGGACUCUGUCCUCCUUGUGAGGGAGGCAAAUGUCCCAAGGUUUGUAACGGAGCGAAGAUCUCGAGUAUCGCAGAGGCAUUGAGACUUCAGAACUGCACGUAUAUCCGUGGGUCAAUAGAGAUUACCAUCAAAGCCUCCAUGUCUGACGAGGUUCACAAGCUUCUGGAGGAGAGUCUCGGGUCGAUAGAACAAAUCACAGGGCACCUACAGAUCAAGCGGUCUUCACUAGUGGACUUAAACUUCCUCAAGAACCUCUCGGUGAUCCACGGUAUCGACCCUUACAAUGAAUAUCACUCGCUUUACGUAACGCACAACGAGAACCUUCAAGAACUUUGGGACUGGAAAGAGAAGAAGAACCUCAAAAUUCUCAAAGGUAAACUACUUUUCAACUCUAAUCCAAAACUUUGCCUCGACCGAAUUAAAAAGUUGGUGAAAGUCAUAAGGUUUAAUGAAACAGAUAGUAUUUUUGACAAGUCCAAUGGAAACGAUUUCCAAUGUAGUCCGAUCGAAACUAAUAUCACUGCACGGGAUGUGACGUCUGAAUCCAUACGAGUGCAUGUACACUGUACGGAAACUUUGCCGGUUUUUAGGUACGUGGUUUACUACAUAAAAGAUGUGUUUAAGAAUGUUACUAUAUUCAACAGUUUUACACAGUGCUCUGAUGAUGGGUGGAGAACAAAAGAUGUUUCAGUCGACUCGAAUGGCUUUCAGAGAUCUAAAGGGAUUGAUAUUGUUUUGACCAAUUUGGAACCUGCUACUACAUAUGUGUUUUAUGUUAUUGCUUAUACGAUGUAUAAUAAUGUGACUAGAAGUGAUAUGCAUCGAAGGACGACACUACCUACUACACCGUCUGAAGUCGUUGGUCUGAGAGCUUUAGUUAAGUCACACACAGAGAUAGAACUAAGCUGGCAGCCACCUCGACGAACUAACGGAAAGUUGAAAGAGUAUGUUGUCACUUGGUACGAGCUGAGUGAAAACAAAGGCUAUAUUCUUCAAAGGGAUUACUGUGAAAAUCCAAUGUUGCCAGGAUUAGAGGACUUUGAGGAAGGAGAUCUGAAAAUGCUAGAUAAAAAUGAUGGCGUGAACAACACAGAUAGUAAUAAUUGCUGCGAAUCUCAGCCCACUUUACCGAAAGACGAGUUUGAAAUGUUAUGUGGCGAAUGCACAAAUUUACCUAUUAGUACACCCGGCAGUUCAAAACACCCUUCUUGUAAAUCUUUCUUUUAUGCACAUAUUUACAACAGUCGAUUUAUCCAAGAGAGUAGUGAUUUUUUAAUUAUUCAUUUCGACUUGAAAACAAACCAUUCUGAACAUAUGGGAGCAAAAUUGGGGUUGAAAAAACUGUCAACGAACAAAAAUCAAAUCGUCACUGAUAAUCGCAAAUCAAACAAAUACCUAGAAAUGUUUAAAGAACGAGAGAAAAACAAAAUCAAUCACAGUGUAAAACGGUUGCAUCCUAAAUCUAUAAAUCUAGUGCUGAAAGACCUCAAAAGCUUUCAGAAUUAUGUUAUAUAUUUGAAAGCAUGCCGUGAACUGCACGAGAGUGAACUGGAAAAUGAUAGUUCAGAAGAUUACAGAUGCAGUAUAUCAGAAAUGAUAACAGUUCGAACGAAAGGAAAAACUGAACUGGACGCUAUUCCCUAUUAUGACGUUUUGCCUGAUAUGAACAACGGGAAGAUUGUGAAGUGGGCACCCCCGAAAAAUCCAAACGGUCUAGUAGUUGCGUUUGAACUAGAAUAUCGUCACAGGGAUUUGGAAAAUGGAUCCGUAGAGUAUAUGAAAACAAAAUGUAUAACAUACUCUCAGUACAUCGAAAAUAGCAACCAACACGUAAUCGAAGGUUUUCCAGCAGGAAAAUACUAUGUUAGGAUUAGAGCUAUAUCAUUGUUCGGCAAAGGCCCUUACACCGAACCAGUUCCUUUUGAAGUAUAUGAAAUCGAAAACCAACAUUCCUCACGACCAAUAUUCCUCUAUGUACUCGCAUUUUGUUUGGUCUCGCUUACAGUUAUCGUUAUCUUUUUCGUGAUUUCUACAAUAUCAAAUCGUAAGAAAGGCAGUUGGGAUACCGAAUUUGAUUUGAAUCCCCCUCCGUACAAACCUGACCAUUACGAGAUCGACAGAGAGGACGUUGAACUUGGUAAAGAACUGGGAACUGGCAGCUUCGGCAAAGUUUACGAAGGUCUAUGGAAGUCAAAGAACUUACGGUGUGCGAUCAAAACCGUGAACCAAGACGCUACGACAGCAGAGGAACGAGAAUUUCUAUUCGAAACAUCUGUCAUGAAAAACAUGGUAGACGCACACUUCAUAGUUAAAAUAUACGCGGUGGUUUCCAAUAAAAGUCCUCCGCUGGCUUUGAUGGAACUGAUGGAACUUGGAGACUUAAAAACUUAUUUAAGAGAAAUGCGAGAGACCCCGGUCUCAAUCGCUACAAUGAUUAAAAUGGCUUUAGAGAUCGCCGAUGGAAUGGCUUACAUGGAGGCUCAUAAGUAUGUCCAUCGAGAUCUAGCUGCUAGAAACUGCAUGGUCAACGCAGACUUGACUGUAAAAGUUGGAGAUUUCGGGAUGUCCAGGGACAUAUACAUAACCGAUUACUACAGACGAAGUUCUUACAAGUGUUUCCUACCCGUAAGGUGGAUGGCCCCUGAAAGUAUUUGGGACGGUGUGUUCACUAGUCACUCCGAUAUAUGGAGCUAUGGAGUAGUCCUCUGGGAAAUAGUGACCAUGGCUGAACAACCGUACCAGGGAUCCAGCAAUGACGAAGUCACAAGAGAAGUUGUUGGAGGAAGAACACUUGAUAUCCCUAAGACAUCUCCUGUACCUUUGAAGCUUCUCAUGACCACUUGCUGGAAGAACAAACCUUCCAGUAGAACCAGCUUUAUGAACAUCGUGGGCAACCUGAAGUAUUACCAUGACGAAGAGUUCCGCAACGUAGCGUUCUACUACACGGAGAAAGCUGUAGCGGCUAGGAUCGCUACAUCGGAAUAUGUAGACAUGCAGCCAGUAGAUCCAUCAUCUACGUCCUGUAGACUAGCGACUGUUGACGAAGAAACCACCUGACAUUAAAUAUUAAUGGCUAUGGUAAGUCAAGGCCGCACCCAAUAUAUGGCAACGCCGCACUCACCGACCUACUAGCCAUAUUAAUGAAUGUGUAAACAUUAGCAUUGGGCAGACUACACGAAUGAGUGCUACAACUAGUUCGGUAAGCCGGGACUGUGACGUUGCCAAAUUUCCGCUGUGGCCUACUAGUAUGAAAUGAGGCUAUCUAAUUGUAAGACUGAUGAUUUUUGCAUUUGUUUAUUGUGUUCAUACAGUAUUAGAUUAUAUUUUUUAGGGACAUCAACCCAAGUCGUUAUUAAAAUUUUUUGAUAGCUAUUAGGCCUUACUUUUAUAAUGUAUUUUUUGUUAACUGUAUUUGAAUGUUAUGUACAAUCACUUUGGA